UGCAACAGAGAAAGAAAGAAGACCUAACAAUAACCAUAACCAUAAGGUAACCAAAUCCUUUUUCCUUAACCUUCACGCUUCCGUUUAAGCUUCUCUUCUUCACCUUCUAUGCAUUGAAAUUUCCAUAUUCGUAUAACACUUCUGCUUCUGGUUUUGCCUCUGCCUCUGCCUUUGCCUUUGCUCUGAAACUUGAUUUCGCUUUCCCAUUGACUAUCCUUCUUCACUUAUUAUAGAGUGUUUCUUUUCUUCUCUUCUCCAAAACAACACAGGGAUUAAGGAGAAACUUAGCUUCUUUCUUUUAUCUUUUUUCAUUGCUUUUGACUUUCUUUGAUCACCCUUUUCUGGCGUUCUUGGGAUUUUAUACAUGGGGUCUUGUAAAGAUCAAGAAGAUAAACUAACAAAGCGUGUGUUUUUUCAUGGGCCUAUUAUAGUAGGCGCAGGGCCUUCUGGUUUAGCAGUUUCUGCUUGCCUUUCUCAACAAGGUGUACCUUCUUUGAUUCUUGAGAAAAGUGACUGUAUAGCGUCUUUAUGGCAAUACAAAACCUAUGAUCGUCUUAAACUCCAUCUUCCUAAAAACUUCUGUGAGCUUCCAUUUCUUGGUUUUCCUGAACACUUCCCCAAAUAUCCAACAAAACACCAGUUCAUUGCUUACAUUGAGUCUUAUGCUGCACAUUUCUCAAUCCAACCCCGAUUCAAGCAAGCUGUGCAGCACGCUGUUUUUGACCAUUCGGCUCGUUUUUGGAGGGUGCAGACUCAGGAUUUUGAGUACAUUUCUAAAUGGCUUAUUGUUGCCACUGGUGAAAAUGCUGAGCCUGUGAUACCUGAAAUUGCUGGGAUUGACAAGUUUAAUGGCCCUGUUGUUCACACCAGUGAGUAUAAGUCUGGCUCUGAGUUUAGAAACCAGAGGGUUUUGGUUGUUGGCUGUGGUAAUUCUGGCAUGGAAGUCAGUUUAGACCUUUGUAGAUACAAUGCAAUCCCUCAUAUGGUUGUUCGAAACACUGUUCAUGUUUUGCCCAGAGAAAUGUUUGGUUUUUCAACAUUUGGAAUAGCCAUGGCACUGCUUAAGUGGUUUCCUUUAAGGCUAGUAGACAAGAUACUUCUACUGAUUGCAAACUUCACCUUGGGCAACACAGAUCAAUUGGGUCUCCGGCGUCCCAAAACAGGUCCAAUUGAACUAAAAAACAUCACCGGAAAGACGCCGGUGCUGGAUGUAGGAGCACUCUCCCAGAUAAAAUCUGGUAAAAUCAAGGUGAUGGAAGGUGUGAAGGAGAUAACAAAAAAUGUAGCCAGAUUCACGGAUGGACAAGAAAAGGAGAUUGAUUCUGUGAUUUUAGCAACUGGGUACAGAAGCAAUGUGCCUUCCUGGCUCAAGGGAAAUGACUUCUUCACCAAGGAUGGGAUGCCAAAAACACCAUUUCCAAAUGGAUGGAAGGGAGAUAAUGGGUUAUAUACAGUGGGGUUUACAAGAAGAGGGCUGCUAGGAACAACUUAUGAUGCUGGUAAAAUUGCUCAGGACAUUGCAGAGCAAUGGAGGCCAAUCACAAUCAAGGACUGUAAAAGUACCCAUGUUAUUCUACUUGGAAAAUCAUAGAAAGAAACCAAAUUUAAAGAUUAAGAAAGAAAGAUAGAAAAUUUGGGAUAUUUUCUAGGGUGUUUUCUUAGAUUGGGUAAUCAUUUGUCAUCAAGUUCUGACUGACUUUUGUUUUGCCUUCUUCACUUUGGUUCUUGUAUAUGCACCAAUUUUGCCAGGGGUUUCACG